UUUUUCCUCUCUUCUUUGCUAUCUUUAUUCUUCAUUAUUACUGUGACACUUGCUUUUUCUCGUUACAGUGAAGACCCAACAGAAGACUAGUGUGGAAGUCGCCUCAGUUCUCUCAGUGGAACUGUUUUGUCAGACAAAUAAUGGCUGAUGAGAAUUCCAAGCCAAGCUAAGCUACUUAUUGUCCAUCUAUUGCAGAAUGCCCCCAACUUCUUCCAAACUUGAGCUUCAUUAGACUUGUAGUUUCUUUCUUGUUUCUCUCUCUCUCUCUCUAAUUGGGAUACCAAGGAGGUUAUCAAAUCAAGUUCUGUGCUUUACUGGGCUUCUCUCAGAAUUUAAGGCAUAUUCAACACCAUUGCUGCUUCUAUAGGCUUAGGACUUCAGGAGAUUGCUGGACAAAGUGUAGGUUGUGUGCUUGAACAAUAUGAACAACGGUUCAAAAGGCAAGUUGAAGGGGCAUGGGGUCUCUAUGAUGAACACAUCUUCAAAGAGAGGCCGACGAGCCAAUGCUGUAAUCCAAGUUGCUUCAUGCUUGGUUGAUGGGUGCAAUUCCGACCUUAGCAUGUGCAGGGAGUAUCACCAGCGCCACAAAGUAUGUGAGCUCCAUUCAAAGACCCCAAAGGUCAUGAUUCAGGGACAGGAAAAGCGAUUCUGUCAGCAGUGCAGCAGGUUCCAUUCAUUGGAAGAGUUUGAUGAAGGAAAAAGAAGCUGCAGAAGGCGUCUUGCUGGACACAACAAACGCCGAAGGAAGCCUCAGUUGGAACCUAUGCCCACAAGUUUAGGAGCAUUUCUUUCUGAUUACCAAGCAUUCAGUACUCCACAACUUUAUCCAACAAAUGCUGUAAUGUACUCUGCUUGGGAAGAUUUUCCUACUCACAGCCACUCCCAAUUAAGUGUGUCAAGAAGAAACUCAUUUUCAGAAUCUUUACCAUGCUAUAGCCACAGAGUAGGCAUUGGCUCCAUGCACCCCGAAGCUGCUUCUUCUGUUUGCCAACCACUUCUUGGUACCAACUUUGCAUUGGGAAAUUAUGGCAACAACCACAAAAUUUUCUCCAAUGAGUUCUUCAGUGGCAACGUUGAAUCAAGUUGCGCUCGCUCUCUUCUGUCAUUGACACCAGCAGUCCCGGAGGAGACUGGUUUGAGCCUCAUAGGACAGACAAGUUCAAUCUGCUCAGCUCAAUCCUUCGUCCCUAGACUUCACCACUACAAUGAUUUGGGAAUGCAGGGUGGAGCAGUAGUUUCUAAUCUAGUUACUGAUGGAAGCAACAAUUCCAAUCUCCUUUGCAUUCAGCAGAUGUUUCACUAGAUGCCAAUCCUUUCCCUUUGUGAUGAGGAACCAGAGUUCGCUAUGAAAUUAACUCAUGAGAGAUUGAAAAUGCUUCUGUUUGUAGUUUUUCAUUGUUACUCCCCUGAAUAAUCCAAAUAAAUAAUAUGCUUUGCAUUAUUGCAUGAA